CAGACUCGAAUGAAGCGUCAAAACUAGCUACUACAUCAAUUUUACAUAGCCCAACGACUCAAGACAUCCUGCUUGGACGAACCCUGUAGACAAUCGGCCGGCGGAACCCCCCUUGCCAAUGCAGACCCCGACAAAGGCACGCAGUUCGAGGCUCAUGGCCACCCCAAUCAAGGGCGACCUCUUCAGUCCGAAAGCGGUCGCUCAGAUGGGUCUGAAUUCGCCUAUCAAGCUGAUUUCCGGCAGCACGCCUAACUCGAAGGAUGCUGGAGCUCUAGGGAAGGACAAGGUGAUCGUUUGCGUCAAAGCUCGACCGGUAUCAUCCCCGGAAUGCUUGGAGGCCUACGAGCUGGACCCGGAGUUUCCCACUCUAAGUUUAUCCGAUACGCAUUCGAGGGUGAUGAAGCGAGGUCGGAAAUCAGGGAGAGCGGGGGAAUACAGUUAUUCCUUUGAUGCCCUCCAUCUGCCCCCGGCUCAGACGACCUCGCUUUACGAACAAAACAUCGCUCCGUUGGUCAUGAAGUGCAUGGGAGGGUUCAACUCGACCAUCUUUGCAUACGGUCAGACGGGAUCAGGGAAGACGCAUACAAUGAGCGGGACGAGGGAGGACAUCGGGGUGAUCCCUUUGGCUAUCAGCAGCGUGUUCCAAGCUAUCGAGGAGAACUCGGAAAGGCAUUAUUUGUUAAGGGUAUCGUACCUGGAAAUCUACAACGAGAGUAUCCGGGAUCUGUUAGUCUCGCCGAAAAAGGUCGUGCCAGAGAACGAGCGUCCCAACAUCCACGUCGAGAAGGGUCUCGUGCAAGUCCGGCCACUGGUGGAAGAGAUCGUCAAGAGCCCGGAAGAGAUCUUGGAGCUGUUACAGCGAGGGACCAGUAACAGGAAGACUGGGGCGACGGAUUGGAAUUUUUCAAGUUCGAGGUCUCAUUGCGUCUUCACUCUCACAGUAGAGAGCCGGGAAGGCACCGACGUUCGGCGGUCCAAGUUGACUUUGAUCGAUCUGGCGGGAAGUGAAAAGGCCGUCUCUGAUAUGGAAAGGUUGGCCGAGGGCAAGUAUAUCAACCGGAGCUUGCUAGCGUUGGGAACGGUGAUCGAGGCCUUGUCCGAUGCAACGCGAAAACCUGGUGGACACAUCCCUUACAGGAACAGCAAGUUGACGCAUCUACUGGAACAAGCCUUGGGUGGCAAUUCGAACAUCGCCGUCAUCUGUACCCUUUCACUAGAGGAGAGGCAUCAAGCAGAAACGCUGGAGACCCUUAAAUUCGCGUCUCGCUGCGCACAAGUUCAAACGAAAGCAGUACAGGGGAUCGUGGUGGCUUCUUCGGAAAAGGCUAUGCUGUUGGCCAAGGAGGAAGAGAUCGCGGCUUUGCGAUCGCAACUUGACGAGAUGGCACGGCAGCGACCGCCUAGUAUCUCGGACAGUGACGGACUCGAUGCCCGCGCCGAGCUGACACUUGAACUACAAGAACUGGCGGCCCGUCGAAAUCGCGCGAUAACGCAGCUCGCGCAACUGAACGGACAGAUCCUCUCCGGUCGCUCGAACGGCUCAGGCAACAACAUCGCUCAUCGAAUGCGUAGACGUGUCAGCGAUCAUAUCGGCACGUCUUCGCCGAGCCGAUUCACAACUUUUGUGACUCCGCAAAGGAACAGUCGUCGAGCGGUGAGCGGAAGCAUGGCUAUGUUGCUCGAGGACGUCGGAGACGCCGACGAGUCCGCUCCGAGUUUCACUGCCGAGGACAUCGCCCACGUCGCACGGUACCACCGACGGAAUCACAGCAACCAAGUCAGCGACCUCGCGGCCGAUCUGUCGGUGGCCGACUUGUCCAGGACCGGGAUGCAGCUCGAGAUCGAUCAACUCGUUCACGACAAGACCGAGGUCGAGCGAAAGUACGAGAGGGAAAGGUUGGCCAGGAUGGAGCUCGAAGAGGAACUCGAAGCCGAGAGACGGGCUGGCGCGCAAAAGGAUCAGGCGAUGAGAGCGAUGACCGAGGAGAUCGCCAAGCUGAAACAGCAGGUCUCUCUGGCUCGGACGGAGACGGCGCGCGCGAACGACCGGGUCUCGCGGUUGAACGAGAUGGGUCUACCCAGACCACCUGCGGAACCGGAGGGAGACCAGAGCCCGACAGCGGGAAAGCAACAGGUACUUCGACACGCGGGAUCACUGAAGGAACCUCGACUCGCCUCGAUGGUCCAACCUGCGAAGAGUCGGGAAGCCGAGGAGGUCGAUCGGUUGAACAAGGUCAUCGAGGGGUUGAAGACGGUACAGGACGAAUUGCUGGCAAAGGUGGAAGAUUGGCGGCAGAGAGUCUUGGACCAGAAUCAGAAGAUUCAAGCGUUGACUGUAGGGAUGAUGGGGGACGAGGCGACAUCACCGACCCCAACCCCUACAGCGGUCACACCCGCCCAUCGAGUCUUGACUCCAUCCCGGUCGAUCCGCUCCAAUCUCGAUCAACAGCUACCGACCACGCCGACACCGAAAGAGAAGACGGGGACCUCGAAGUCGAUGCUGAAAUCUCCCGGGUCCCCAGGAUUCUGGCACUACAAUCACGGUCAGACGGGAUCUCCUCGUCCGAUUCCCAUGCACGAGGGGAUGAAGAGCAACGCGAGCGCGAGAAAGGGGAGGAGGUUGACGGUCGAGAACGACCUGGAGAGAUUACGAGAUUCGAGUAGGGUGGAUGAGGCCAGGCAUUUGUUCACGCGCGAGGCGAGAUGACAUGUCACGACUGUUUCCGGGAUUUGAGAACGCAAGAAGAAUGGGUCGGCUUGUUGUCUAUGGACGUAGUGUGCUUGUUUUUCGCUCCAAGUUGUAUGUUCGGAUCAGGUGGUAUACCAAGAGACGUUGUACGUCUUGUCCGGUCAGACGACAUACGGUCCGGAUACCGGUUC